AGUAUUCCAUUUUGGGCAUCAUAAAUAAAGGAUUUGGCCUUUAUCUCUCCUUACUUCAGAUAUCUCAUUUGCAGAAAGAAGACUACAUAACCCCUUAAAGGACUGCUGUGAAGAUAAAUACAAGUAUUGGGAUUCUGUCACUUCAGUGCCACAGAAUCCUCCUCUUCUCCUGUCCUCCUCCCAGGAGAAAGCUAAUAUGUUUUGUAUGUAUUAACAUGUUCUAUAGGUGCUGGUGCAAAAACAGUUUAGCAAUGGAUCAAAGAAAAAAUGAUAGUUUUGUCCCAAGUAUCACACAGUUGGAAGACUUCCUAACAGAACAUGACUCCAAUGUUGUUUGGCUGUUAGUAGCUACAAUAUUGUCUUGUGGAUGGAUUAUCUACCUAACAUAUUAUAAUUCCCGGAAUAUUGGACUCAUUUUAACAUUGGUUCUUAACAGAUUAUAUAAACAUGGCUACAUCCAUAUUGGUUCCUUUUCAUUCUCUGUGCUGUCUGGAAAAGUCAUGGUUCGCGAAAUCUAUUUUAUCACAGAAGACAUGUCUAUCAGAAUUCAAGAUGGAUUUAUCAUAUUUCGCUGGUGGAAGAUGUACAACCCUAAGCAGAAACAGCAUGAUCCAAAGGCAGAAACACGACUGUAUAUUAUGGUGAAUGACUUUGAAUUUCAUGUGUACAACCGUUCUGAGCUUUAUGGACAACUUCAAGAACUGUUUGGCUUGGAUCCCACAAUAAUUCCAGCAAAGAAAGAUGAUGAAAAAGCCCAAGUAAACGGGAGGCAGAGAACACAUACCAAUCUUGAAAGUGUUAAAGUAAAAACAGAAUCUCAAGACCCUUCUUCUUCAUGGAGAUCACUUAUUCCAGUCAUUAAGGUCAAUGUGAGCACGGGUCGCUUGGCAUUUGGGAAUCAUUAUCAGCCACAAACCCUUUGUAUUAACUUCGAUGAUGCUUUUUUGACAUAUACCACAAAACCACCUUCGAGCCACCUUGAUCAGUUUAUGCACAUUGUGAAAGGAAAAUUGGAAAAUGUUAGAGUCAUGCUGGUUCCAAGUCCAAGAUAUGUUGGUCUUCAGAAUGAUGAACCACCGAGGCUGAUGGGUGAAGGCUUUGUUGUAAUGCAGUCCAAUGAUGUUGAUAUCUAUUACUAUAUGGAUGAACCAGGUCUUGUACCAGAGGAGACGGAGGAAAGUAAUGACGGAGAAGCAAACAAUGAAGACAGUAAAUUACAGGACCUGCCACCAUGUUGGGGUUUGGACAUCGUUUGUGGAAAAGGAACAGACUUCAACUAUGGACCUUGGGCUGAUAGGCAGAGGGAUUGCUUGUGGAAGUUUUUCUUCCCACCAGACUACCAAGUUAUGAAAGUCUCAGAAAUUGCUCAGCCUGGGAGACCAAGACAGAUUCUUGCUUUUGAACUGCGGAUGAAUAUUAUUGCAGAUGCCACCAUUGAUUUGCUUUUUACAAAAAAUAGGGAAACCAAUGCUGUACAUGUAAAUGUUGGUGCAGGAUCAUAUUUGGAAAUAAAUAUUCCCAUGACAGUAGGUGAAAAUGGCUAUUCACCUACAAUUAAAGGGCAGCUUCUACAUGUUGAUGCCACCAGCAGUAUGCAGUACCGGACUCUUUUAGAAGCUGAAAUGCUAGCUUUUCAUAUUAAUGCCAGCUAUCCCCGGAUAUGGAACAUGCCACAGACAUGGCAAUGUGAACUUGAGGUUUAUAAAGCAACCUAUCAUUUUAUCUUUGCUCAGAAAAGCUUCUUUACAGAUUUGAUCCAAGACUGGUCCAGUGAUAGUGCACCUGAUAUUUUUUCAUUUGUUCCUUAUAUGUGGAACUUCAAAGUCAUGUUUCAUCAAUUUGAAAUGAUUUGGGCAGCAAACCAACACAACUGGAUUGACUGUUCCACCAAACAACAAGAAAAUGUUUAUCUAGCAGCUUGUGGAGAGACAUUGAACAUUGUUUUCUCUCUGCCUUUCACUGACUUUGUUCCAACCACAUGCAAUACUAGAUUCUCUUUAAGGGGAGAAGAUGUUGAUCUUCAUUUGUAUCUACCAGACUGUCAUCCCAGUAAAUAUUCCCUUUUUAUGUUGAUGAAAGAUUGUCAGCCUAAUAAAAUAAGUCCUGAAUCUUGUAUUUCUGCCGAAUGUCAAAGUGGUCAGAAAACGGGAAAACCCAAAUGGAGGAACAUUACUCAAGAAGAGGCUGGAUGGGUUGAAUGCUGGACAGUCCCGAGUGUUGUGUUUACAAUUGACUACUCAUGGCACCCAAUUUAUCCUCAGAAGGCAGAUGAGCAGUUAAAACAAUCCUUGUCAGAAAUGGAAGAAACAAUGUUAUCUGUGCUAAGGCCAUCGCAGAAAACAACCGACAGUGUGAUUUCAUCUCCCACAGCUUCAACCCGCCUUCCCCUUGACCCCGCAGAGCUGCCCCCAGAUAAGCUCCACGUGGAACUGGAACUCUCCCCAGAUUCCCAGAUAACCCUGUAUGGACCUCUGCUCAAAGCCUUUCUGUCCAUAAAGGAAAAUUAUUUUGGAGAAGAUGACAUGUACACUGAUUUUGAAGAAGUUAUUUCAAGCCCUGUUUUGUCACUGUCAACAUCUUCAAGCUCUGGAUGGACAGCUGUUGGAGUGGAAAAUGACAAAAAAGAAAAUGAAAGUUCACUCAAGCCAGUUCACCCUCUUACUUUACGCCCAUGGGAUAUCACUGUGCUUGUUAAUUUGUACAAAGUGCAUGGGCGAUUACCAGUGCAUUGCAGUCCAGAUGGUCCAGAGUGCCCUACAGCUUUCUUGGAAAGGUUGUGUUUUGAGAUGAAGAAAGGAUUUAGAGAAACAAUGCUUCAGCUUGUACUGUCUCCAGUGAAUUUGUUUCUGAGUGACAACUAUCAGCGACCUGCAGCAGAUGAAGUUCUUCGAGAGGGUCACAUCAGCCUGUCAGGUCUGCAGUUACGUGCUCACGCAAUGUUUUCAGCAGAAGGUCUGCCUCUUGGAAGUGAUACUUUGGAAUAUGCAUGGCUGAUAGAUGUACAGGCUGGCAGUCUUACAGCCAAAGUUACAGCACCACAGCUUGCAUGUCUUCUGGAAUGGGGACAGACCUUUGUAUUUCAUGUGGUAUGCCGGGAGUUUGAACUGGAAAGGCCAAAAUCUGUAAUAAUAUGCCAGCAUGGAAUUGAUCGUCGGUUUUGUGACUCUAAGAUGAACUGUGUCCCUGGGCCAUGCCCAACAUCUGAUGACUUAAAGUACACUAUGACACGCUUAGCCAUGGAUGGAGCAGAUCUGUAUGUGGUAGAACAUGGCUGUGCCACCAAUAUAAAGAUGGGUGCUAUACGUAUUGCAAACUGCAACCUCCACAACCAGUCCGUUGGAGAAGGUGUAAGUGCUGCUAUUCAAGACUUUCAACUGCGACAGUAUGUUGAGCAGGUGAACAAUUGCAGAACUGGUCUUCAGCCAAUAUUAAGGAGGGCAUAUUGGCUGGAAGCUGGCUCUGUCAACUUGGGGCUCAUCACUGCUGACAUUGCUUUAGCUGCCGAUCAUCCUUCUAAACAUGAAGUGCAGAGACAUUUCUUAGAAACACAUGAUAACCGAACUAAGAGGUUGUGGUUUUUGUGGCCUGAUGAUAAUUUGAGGAACAAGAGAAGUAAGAACAAGUGUGGCUGUCUUGGUGGUUGUCGAUUCUUCGGUGGCACGUUAACAGGACUAGAUUUCUUCAAACUUGAGGAACUGACACCUUCAAGCAGCUCUGCUUUCUCAAGUACAAGUGCAGAAUCUGAUAUGUUUUAUGGGCAGUCUUUACUGCAGCCAGGAGAAUGGAUAAUUACUAAGGAGAUUCCUAAAAUUUUAGACGGUAAAGGAAAUGGUGUAAAACGAAAAGAUUGGGAUUGCAGAUCUGUGGGUAUAGAAAUAGAAAGAAAAGCACAACAUCUAAGUCUACAAGUGCCAUUGCGCUCCCACAGCUCCUCAUCAUCUUCGGAGGAAACGAGCAGUUCUAGUGCUGCUCUCCCCUUGCUUGCAGGUGAGAAGGACAGCCCAUCAUCAACUACUGAGGAUCACUUGGGACAGAAGGAGUUCUUGUCUGGUGCAAAAAGGGAAGAUGGUCAUGGAAGUGUUCCAGUUGAGGGUGUAGAGGGCAGCCCUGCAUCCCCUGGCAACCAGGAAAGGCCUGUUGGUCAGUCUCCCCUGAGGUCUCCACUGAAACGGCAAGCAUCCGUGUGCUCCACCCGGCUCGGGAGCACCAAGAGCCUCACGGCAGCUUUCUACGGAGACAAGCAGCCUGUUCCAGUUGGUGUGCAGUUCAGCAGCGACGUGUCUCGCAGUGAUGAGAAUGUCUUGGACUCCCCAAAGCAGAGGAGGAGCUUUGGUUCUUUUCCAUAUACUCCAUCUGCAGAUUCAAACUCAUUUCACCAGUAUCGCUCAAUGGAUUCCAGUAUGUCAAUGGCUGAUAGCGAAGCUUAUUUUUCUGCAGCAGAAGAGUUUGAGCCAAUAAGUAGUGAUGAAGGUCCAGGAACCUAUCCUGGGAGGAAGAAGAGAAAAAAGCAAGCUCAGAAAAUUGAAUAUAGUAGAGGGUCUAUUUAUCACAGUGUAGAAGGGCCCUUAACAAGCACAAUCCAUGGAGAAAUUAGUCAAGAUGUUAAAACAUUGCCAAUUAAGACUCAUCCUUCACAGGCUUCAUUUGUUUCGGCUCUGGGAGAAGAUGAGCAUGUUGAGAACAUGUAUGUCAUGGAAUCUGAGAGGACUGUUGAAAGCGAGCAAAUAACUUCCCAGCAGCCUGUAAUGGCAUGUUACCAAAAUUAUCUUACACAGUUCCAGGUGAUCAACUGGUCAGUAAAGCAUCCAACUAACAAAAGAACUUCAAAAUCCUCAUUACAUCGCCCUUUAGACCUUGACACGCCAACGAGUGAAGAAAGUUCGUCAUCUUUUGAACAACUUUCUGUCCCAACGUUUAAGAUUGUUAAACAGGGUCUCACAGCUAAUGCAUUACUGGACAGAGGCAUGCAGCUUACAGGAUCAACAUCUAAUACACCUUAUACUCCUUUGGAAAAGAAGUCUGCAGAAAAUACAGAUGAUGAAACAAUAACUGAAGAAUGGACAUUGGAUCACCCUGUCUUCCAGACACGGACAACAGCAAUAGUGGAAGUAAAAGGAACUGUAGAUGUAGUUCUGACUCCUCUUGUAGCAGAGGCACUGGAUAGGUAUAUAGAAGCAAUGGUGCAUUGUGCUAGCUCUCGACACCCAGCAGCAAUCGUUGAUGAUCUGCACUGCAAAGUUCUUCGAGAUGCUGUACAGAACAGCAAAACAAGCUUCUCAGAAAAUUUAUCUUCGAAGCAGGAUAUUAGAGGAACAAAAAUAGACACUACCACUACAGGAACAACAAACCAGGGACCAGCCCAGACCAAUCUCUCACUUAAGCAAGAUAAUGUGACAAUUAAAGGUCUUCAGGCCAACGUUACUGUACCAAAGGUGAACCUGUGUUUACUACAAGCAUCUGUUGAUGAAUCCCCAGGAGUGUCUUCUGGCAAAACCGUGACUCAUGUUUCAUUAGUAGCUUUGUGUUUUGAUAGAAUUGCUACGCAAGUUCGUAUGAAUAGGGGUAUAGUUGAGGAAAUGUCAAACAAUGCAGAAACUGGGAGGAAUUCUGUCACAUUUGAUCGUUACAUCCAAACCAGUAAAAUGCAGCCCCAGUCUUCUGGCUCACUGAGAUCCAAUGCUGGAGCAGAAAAAGGAAAAGAAAUUGCUGCUAAAUUGAACAUCCAUCGCGUUCAUGGACAACUUAGAGGCCUUGAUACAACAGAUAUUGGAACUUGUGCAAUAACAGCUAUUCCUUUUGGGAAAUCAAAAGUUCUUUUUACUUUGGAAGAGUUGGAUGAGUUUGCUUUUGUGGAUGAAACAGAUCAACAAGCUGUUCCAGAUGUAACUCGAAUUGGUCCUAGUCAAGAGAAGUGGGGUUGGAUAAUGUUCGAGUGUGGAAUUGAAAAUUUAACUAUAAAAGGAGGAAGACAAUCUGGAGCAGUAUUGUAUAAUACGUUUGGAGUCAUGGGUAAAUCAAGAGAUACAGAAAGAGGUGGAUUGCUUGCAUCAAAUAACUCUUCAGAUUCUCCAACUGGUAGUGGUUAUAAUACUGAUGUGUCUGACGAUAACCUUCCUUGUGAUAGAAUAAGUCCCUCUUCAGAUAUUAAUGGAAAUUCAGUUUCAGAUGAGCAGGAUGAAGGCGUUGAAUCUGAUGAUCUAAAAAAAGAUAUACCCUUGAUGCCUCCUCCCCCUGACUCCUGCAGCAUGAAGUUAACAAUCAAAGAAAUUUGGUUUAGUUUUGCAGCCCCUACCAAUGUGCGCUCUCCAGCCCAUGUAUUUUCAAGGCAGCUGAACCUGCUGAGUACUGCAACACCUGCAGUUGGUGCUUGGCUUGUUCCCAUUGAUCAAGUGAAAUCGUCAUUAAAUAAACUAGAAACUGAAGGAACUCUGCGAAUCUGUGCUGUUAUGGGUUGCAUUAUGACAGAAGCUUUAGAGAAUAAAAGUAUGCACUUUCCUCUGAGAAGCAAGUACAACAGGCUUACGAAAGUGGCUCGCUUCUUGCAAGAAAAUCCUUCUUGUUUACUGUGUAAUAUAUUGCACCAUUACCUUCACCAAGCAAAUUACUCCAUUAUUGAGGAUGCUACCAUGAGCGAUGGCCUUCCUGCCUUAGUGACCUUAAAGAAAGGUCUAGUUGCCUUAGCGAGGCAAUGGAUGAAGUUCAUUGUGGUGACCCCAGCCUUUAAAGGAGUCAGCUUACACAGACCAACUCAGCCAGUGAAAUUGCAGACAAAUGCCUGCCAUGAGCAUGAGGAUGGACUUGGAUUAGACAACGGAGGGGGUCUUCAGAGUGACACAAGUGCUGAUGGAGCAGAGUUUGAAUUUGAUGCAGCUACUGUCAGUGAGCACACAAUGCUCCUAGAAGGAACAGCUAAUCGCCCUCCACCUGCUGGUGGCUCUUCUGGGCCUGUAACUGGUGCUGAGAUCAUGAGGAAAUUAUCCAAGACUCACACUCACAGUGAUUCUGUUCUGAAAAUAAAGGGUAUACAUCCGUAUCAUUCCUUAAGUUACACUAGUGGAGAUACAGCUACGGAUUCACCAGUGCAUGUUGGCCGUUCUGGAAUGGCAGUCAAAGAAAGUCCAAGAAAAGAGAGUCUGCUUAGCUAUCUUACUGGGAGUUUUCCUAGUCUGCAUAAUCUUUUGGAAGGGACUCCUCAAAGAAGUACAACUGCAGUUAAAAGUAGUUCUUUAACAAGAACAGGAAAUACUGUGGCCACAGACAUGUUAUCUGAACAUCCUUUGCUCUCUGAACCAUCUUCUGUGAGUUUCUAUAACUGGAUGUCAAAUGCUGUGGGCAACAGAGGAAGUGUAGUACAAGAAAGUCCGGCCACCAAAUCUGGACACAAUAGUCUUCCAACAGGUAUUUAUUUUUCAGGUGUGGCACCCAAUCUUCCUACUAUACCCUCUGCUUCAGACUUCAACACAGUUUUGUCUAGUGACCAGAACACCCUGGAUGGCACACACUCACAGCACAGCACCAGUCAGGAUGACAUUGCAGGUGUAGAAGAGGGUAACCAGGGGUUUCCUGCUGUCCAGCUAGCAGAUGCACAGGUUGUUUUCAAACCUCUUCUAAGUUACACGGGAAUUCAGUCUCAGGAUGCAAUGCCACUCUGCUACAGAAUGUACUUUGGAGAGUACCUUUCAUUCUCAGGAACUUUGGACUGCCUAAGAGCAGAUAUUGUUGAUUCAGAUACAGCAAAGGAAAGAAAAAGCAAGCGAGCUCGAAGGCAAGGAGCUGUCAAUCUUCCUCCUCUUGAAUUCAAACCAGCUUUGAUGUUAGAAACUUUCAGUAUUAGUGCUGUUGUAAUGGAGAAAUCCAUGUGCACACCUCAUAACUCCACCAAUGCCCUUUCUUUUCAUGACUUGAAUAAACGCUAUUAUAAUACUUUUCACUGUAAUUUUACAAUUUCUUGCCAGUCCAUAAGCCAGCACGUAGAUAUGGCACUGGUUCGUCUCAUUCAUCAGUUCAGUACGAUGAUUGAUGAUAUCAAAGCCACGCAGACGGACAUCAAACUUAGCAGAUACACAGCUGGAUCAGCCUCUCCAACACCUACUUUUAAAACCCGCAAACACAGAGACUUCCGCUCUUCUGAUUUCAGCCGGAGCUCUCGAGGAAGUCUUAAUGGAGGUAACAGAGUGAACAAUACAAAGAACAAACGAACAAACAAUGAGAACAAUAAAAAAGAGUCUCGAAACAAGAAUUCCUUGGGGAGGUCAGAAAGAAGAACUUCUAAAGUGUCCAGGAAAGGUUCAAAAGAUGUAGUUGACCACAUGACUAUUCAUAUGGAUGACUCUGACUCUAUUACUGUGUCGGAACAGAGUGAACCUUCUGCUGAGUGCUGGCAAAAUAUGUAUAAACUAUUGAACUUCUAUUCACUUAUUUCUGAUCCAACUGGGAUUUUAGAAAAGUCUUCUGAAACUUUCGGGCCAACAGGUGUUCGAAGCCCAACUGAACCUGCUUGUAGAGUGGUGUUUGAGAAUGAACAGGAUAAUGGCAGAGACACACAGAGGAAGCGCAGCCUGGUGACUUCGGAGCCACAGCAUGUGACUCUCAUAGUCUUUGGAAUAGGCAUGGUGAACCGAACCCACCUGGAGGCAGACAUUGGCGGUCUAACGAUGGAAUCUGAACUGAAGAGAAUCCAUGGCAGUUUCACCCUGAAAGAAAAAAUGAAAGAUGUACUACAUCAAAAGAUGACUGAGACGUGUGCCACUGCUCACAUAGGAGGUGUCAAUAUCGUCCUGCUGGAGGGAAUUACCCCAAAUAUCCAACUGGAGGAUUUUCCUACAUCUCCUACAAGCACAGCCAAACAAGAGUUUCUAACCGUCGUGAAAUGCAGUAUUGCCAAAUCCCAGGCCUUGUAUAGUGCCCAGAGAGGGUUGAAAACAAACAACGCUGCUGUGGUCAAGGUUGGAGCCAUCAGCAUCAACAUUCCUCAGCACCCUGCCACGCUGCACAGCAUGAUGGUGCGCAGUUCUCACCAGCUCUCCAAGCAGAUUUCGGAUCUCAUCAGGCAGCCGUCAACUGCGCCCCAGCCUACCAAAGAAGAUGUUGCGACUCCUUUGCCCUCUGAAAAGACUCCAACAAGUAUUAAUCAAACACCUGUUGAAACAAAUGAAUUUCCACAGCUGCCAGAAGGCUUAGAAAAGAAGCCUAUAGUUCUUAAAUUCAGUGCCAUGAUAGAUGGUAUAGCUAUUGGAGCAGCGCUCUUGCCCUCCCUAAAGGCGGAAUAUAAGAUGGGAAGAAUGAGGAGUCAUGGAAUGACAGGUGCCCAAACUAGAUUUAAUUUUGAGCUUCCAAGUCACAGAUUGCGCUUCACUUCGAAAGUCUCUGCCACUGAUAUGUCAACCAUUCCUCCUUCGGCAAGUCUCAACCUUCCUCCUGUCACUAUGUCAGGCAAAUAUAUCAUGGAAGAACAUGAUACUUACUCAGACCAAAUUUGGAGCAUAGAUGAACUACCUGCUAAGCAAGGCUAUUAUCUACAGGGGAACUACUUGCGUUGUGUGGCUGAAGUUGGUUCCUUCGAACAUAAUCUCACAACUGAUCUUUUAAAUCAUUUAGUAUUUGUGCAAAAAGUGUUCAUGAAGGAAGUAAAUGAAGUCAUACAGAAGGUUUCAGGAGGGGAGCAGCCAAUACCUCUUUGGAAUGAACAUGAUGGCACAACUGAUGGAGAAAAACCAAAAAUUCUUCUUUAUUCAUUGAGCCUACAGUUUAAGGGAAUUCAAGUGACAGCUACAACUCCCUCAAUGCGAGCUGUGAGAUUUGAAACUGGAUUGAUAGAACUUGAACUCUCAAAUAGACUGCAAACCAAAGCAAUGCCUGGAAGUAGCAGCUACCUCAAACUGUUUGGGAAAUGCCAGGUGGAUUUAAAUCUGGCACUAGGACAGAUUGUUAAGCAUCAGGUUUAUGAAGAAGCUGGCUCAGACUUUCAUCAAGUUGCCUAUUUCAAGACAAGAAUUGGAUUAAGAAAUGCCCUCCGAGAAGAAAUCAGUGGCUCAUCAGAUAGAGAAGCUGUGCUCAUUACUUUGAACAGACCAAUUGUUUUUGCUCAGCCUGUGGCCUUUGAUAGAGCUGUGCUAUUUUGGCUGAACUACAAGGCUGCGUAUGAUAACUGGAAUGAACAGAGAAUGGCUUUACAUAAAGAUAUUCAUAUGGCCACAAAAGAAGUAGUAGAUAUGCUACCUGGAAUCCAACAAACAUCUGCGCAGGCUUUUGGGACCCUCUUUCUUCAGCUGACAGUCAAUGACUUAGGAAUUUGCCUGCCCAUCACAAACACACCUCAGUCUAACCACACUGCAGAUCUUGACACUGGCUCUGCUUUAGUCCUGACUAUUGAAAGCACGUUAAUCACUGCGUGCUCCUCAGAGUCUUUAGUUAGCAAAGGUCAUUUUAAAAACUUCUGUAUCCGCUUUGCUGAUGGCUUUGAGACAAGUUGGGAUGACUGGAAACCAGAAAUAAGAGGAGAUCUAGUCAUGAAUGCAUGUGUUGUGCCAGAUGGUACGUAUGAAGUAUGUUCUAGGACAACAGGACAGGCUGCAGCAGAAAGUAGUAGUGCUGGAACCUGGACGCUGAAUGUGUUAUGGAAGAUGUGUGGUAUUGAUGUCCACAUGGAUCCAAACAUUGGCAAAAGAUUGAAUGCUUUAGGCAACACCCUCACAACACUGACAGGAGAAGAAGAUAUUGAUGAUAUUGCUGACCUCAACUCUGUAAACAUAGCUGACCUUUCAGAUGAGGAUGAAGUUGACACUAUGUCUCCCACUAUACAUGCAAAAUCAGGUGGAGGUUCAUUAUGUGGAGAUGCACGCAAGCUAACAUUUGGGCAGCGGAUUGUAAAUCACCUGCUGGGUUUGAGCCCCCCAAACCAUCGACACUCUGUUCCUGUAGAAUAUCUAUUGGGGUCAGCGAAGUGUGAUUCUCUUCAGUCUAGCAGAUCACAUAUGAAAGCAGGCAGAUCCUGCUCAUGGGGACAUGAGAUUGUUGAUCAUCGACGGCAGGGAGCUUCUAGUAUCCAAACUGGAGAACAGCGAGGAAGAAAAUUUGUGAAACGUUUAGUCGAUAUUAGAGAACUCAAUGAGCAAGCUAAAGUUAUUGAUGACUUGAAAAAAUUAGGUGCGAGUGAAGGAACUAUAAAUCAAGAAAUUCAGCGCUAUCAGCAGCUCGAGUCGGUGGCCGUGAAUGAUAUCCGCCGAGACGUUCGUAAAAAGCUACGUAGAUCCAGUAUGAGGGCUGCCUCCUUGAAAGACAAAUGGGGUCUCAGCUACAAACCCAGCUACAGCCGAUCUAAGAGUAUUUCAGCAUCAGGAAGACCACCUCUGAAGAGAAUGGACAGAACAAGCUCUCGACUAGGAGACAGUGAAGACCUCCCAGAUAUCCGUGUAGAUGCUGCAUCUCCCGGGCCAAGAGUAACUUUCAACAUACAGGAUUCUUUGAAUAAAACAGCUUUGGGGAUUGCACAACAAUCCAGCUGUCCAGGGGAAGGGUAUUUUCAGUUUCCAGAGGAGACAGAAAUGGACCUUUUGUCUGUAACUAUUGAUGGUCCCUCCCAUUACUCAUCUACUAGUGAAGGCUCAUGCUCAGUAUUUGGUUCACCCAAAACUCCAGUAGUCUUCUCACCCGGCAUUCCCUUCCAGCCUGAAGAAGGACGCCGGGAUGACAGCUUAUCAUCAAGCAGUGAGGACUCUGAGAAGGAGGAUGACCAUGAAAGAGAGAGGACGUAUUUUUAUAGGAAACCACCGAGUACCUCUCGCAAGAAAGCAACAGGCUUCGCUGCUGUCCACCAGCUGUUCACUGAGCGCUGGCCAACAACACCUACCAACAGAAGUAUGACUGGCACAACCACGGAGAGAAAUAUUGACUUUGAACUUGAUAUCAGGGUUGAAAUUGAUUGUGGAAAAUGUGUACUGCACCCUACAAUGCUUCAGCAAGAACAUGAUGACAUUAGUUUACGAAGGAGCUAUGAUCGGAGUUCCAGAAGUUUGGAUCAAGAGUCUCCUUCAAAAAAGAAGAAAUUUCAAACUAAUUAUGCGUCUACUACUCACUUACUUGCUGGCAAGAAAGUGCCAUCAUCUCUACAGACAAAAUCUAGUGAUGUGGAAACAACAGUGUUUUAUAUUCCUGGGGUGGAUGUAAAGUUGCACUACAACUCUAAGACUUUAAAGACUGAAUCACCAAAUACUUCUCGAGGAUCCUCUUUGCCAAGAACCCUUUCCAAAGAGUCCAAGCUGUAUGGUAUGAAAGAUACUGCCACAUCUCCUCCUUUAUCUAGCACUAUCCACAGCAAGACUAACACCUUACUUCCUCCCCAACCCCCACCCAUCCCAUCAGCCAAAGGGAAAGGAAGUGGUGGAGUGAAAACCGCUAAACUGUAUGCAUGGGUUGCGCUCCAGUCGUUGCCAGAGGAAAUGGUGAUUAGCCCAUGCUUACUGGACUUUCUAGAGAAAGCUCUUGAAACCAUUCCAAUUACACCCAUUGAAAGAAAUUACACAGCUGUUAGUUCACAGGAUGAAGAUAUGGGACAAUUCGAUAUACAAGAUCCCUUAGAAGAAUCCACAACAUCGUUAGUAUCGUCCUCGACAUCAGCAUAUUCAUCCUUCCCUGUAGACGUGGUGGUUUAUGUACGAGUUCAGCCCUCUCAAAUCAAGUUCAGUUGCUUGCCGGUAUCAAGAGUUGAAUGUAUGCUGAAGUUGCCUUCCCUGGAUCUUGUUUUCUCUUCAAACCGAGGAGAACUGGAAACAUUAGGCACAACGUACCCAUCAGAAAAUGUGUCAAUUGGUGGCAAUACUUCGCAGAGUGGCUCAAAGAAUUCAGUUAGUAAAUCUGGAGCACCAGGUUCAUCACCUGGACUAGGCAGCCCUCUUGGCAGAACACGGCACAGCAGCAGUCAGUCAGACUUGACUAAUUCUAGUAGCAGCUCUUCAGGUCUGAGCUUUACUGCCUGCAUGUCUGACUUUUCCCUUUACGUGUUCCAUCCAUAUGGAGCUGGAAAACAAAAAUCUGCUGUCACUGCUCUAACCCCUGGAUCAGGAGCUUUAGGUAAUGUGGAUGAGGAACCAACUUCGGUCACUGGCCGGAAGGAUUCUUUGAGCAUUAACCUUGAGUUUGUGAAAGUCAGCCUGUCACGAAUAAGGCGUUCAGGAGGUUCCUCCUUUUUUGAGAGUCAGUCUGCAAGCAAAGCUACCAGCAAGAUAGAUACUACAUUGAUAAACAUAUCUGCUGUCUGUGAUAUAGGGUCUGCUUCUUUUAAAUACGAUAUGCGCCGACUCAGUGAGAUUCUAGCCUUUCCAAGGGCUUGGUACAGGAGAAGCAUUGCUAGACGGCUUUUCCUAGGUGAUCAAACAAUAAAUCUGCCAGUAGCAUCGGGUCCUGGAACACCAGAUUCAAUUGAAGGGGUAAGCCAGCAUCUUUCUCCUGAAUCAUCACGGAAAGCAUACUGUAGGACAUGGGAGCAGCCCUCCCAAUCUGCUUCAUUUACACACAUGGCACAGUCACCUAAUGUGUUUAGUGAACAUAAUGCAAGCAGCAGUAUGUCACCUGGGACAGCAUCUCAUAGCUUAAAGUCUCCAGCUGUUACAAGAUCCAGGAGUGUGUCUGACUCUUCAGUGCCUCAGAGAGAUACUCUCUCAAAAACAUCAACUCCAUUUAGUAAGUCAAAUAAAGCUGGAAGCCAGCAAGGAACACCAUGGGAAACACUGGUUGUAUUUGCUAUGAACCUAAAACAAUUAAAUGUUCAAAUGAAUAUGAGCAAUGUAAUGGGCAAUACCACGUGGACCACCAGUGGUUUGAAAAGCCAGGGUCGUCUAUCUGUGGGUAGUAGCAGAGAUCGGGAAAUUAGCAUGUCUGUUGGCUUGGGAAGAUCACAGUUGGACUCCAGAGGCGGAGUUGUUGGAGGUACCAUAGAUGUUAAUACCCUGGAGAUGGUGGCUCAUAUUUCUGAACACCCAAACCAGCAGCCCAGUCAUAAAAUUCAAAUUACCAUGGGUUCUACUGAAGCACGUGUUGACUAUAUGGGGUCCAGUAUCCUAAUGGGAAUCUUCAGUAAUGCUGAUCUCAAACUACAGGAUGAAUGGAAAAUUAAUCUGUAUAAUGCUUUGGACUCAAGCAUCUCUGAUAAAAGUGAGAUAUUUGUCCAUGGGGACUUGAAAUGGGAUAUCUUCCAAGUGAUGAUUUCAAGAUCGACUACACCAGACCUAAUAAAAAUAGGAAUGAAACUCCAGGAGUUCUUUACUCAGCAGUUUGAUACAAGCAAGCGAGCUUUGUCCACUUGGGGACCUGUUCCUUAUCUCCCUCCCAAGACAAUGGCCAACAACUUAGAGAGAAGCUCACAUGAGCAAUUCUUGGAUGCAGCCCAUCAUCGCCAUUGGCCAGGAGUUUUGAAAGUGGUAUCUGGGUGCCAUAUAUCCUUAUUUCAGAUGCCAUUGCCAGAAGAUGGAAUGCAGUUUGGAGGAUCCAUGAGCCUGCAUGGAAACCAUAUGACGCUGGCUUGUUUUCAUGGACCUAAUUUCCGCUCAAAAUCGUGGGCCUUAUUUCACCUUGAAGAACCCAAUAUUGCAUUUUGGACAGAAGCCCAGAAGGUUUGGGAAGAUGGUACUAGUGAACACUCCACGUAUAUCGUGCAAACCCUGGACUUUCAUUUGGGCCAUAACACUAUGGUCACCAAACCAUGUGGAGCCCUCGAAAGCCCUAUGGCAACAAUCACAAAGAUAACAAGGCGCCGCCACGAAAACCCCCCACAUGGAGUGGCCAGCGUGAAAGAGUGGUUCAAUUAUGUUACAGCCACAAGGAAUGAAGAGUUAAACCUGCUUCGAAAUGUGGAUGCUAACAACCCAGAGAGCAGCACAACAGUGAAAAGCUCAAGUUUGCUAAGUGGCUUCAGAGGUGGCUCCAGUUACAACCAUGAAACUGAAACCAUCUUUGCAUUGCCAAGAAUGCAGCUGGAUUUUAAAUCUAUUCACGUUCAAGAGCCCCAAGAGCCUUCGUUACAAGAUACAAGUGUUAAACCAAAGGUGGAAUGCAGUGUAGUAACUGAAUUUACAGACCACAUUUGUGUAACUAUGGAUGCUGAAUUGAUCAUGUUUCUGCAUGACUUGGUAUCUGCUUAUCUAAAAGAAAAAGAAAAAGACUUAAGGUGAAUAAACAGUGCAGUACUGAAUGACUGACUGUGCUCUACUAUUACCUGCAUGUUGAAGGGAAGGUCAUCACCUAGUGGCUUUAACGCUUUACAAGUAAUUGCUGCCAGGAGCAUCUAAACCCUACUAAACUAAUUAAGAUUUGGAAAAGAUCGUAACAGCACUAUUGAUUAUAGAUAAAAUUAUUUCAGAUGUUACAUUUACUAUAAGUAUUAUAUCAUUCCGUAUUAUAUCAGAAGAGAUGUCAUCACUGAAAUUAAAAGCUGCUUAUUUGUUUUACAACUUCUGAUCUUAAAAUUUUCCACAUUCUGCCACAGCAAUCCUACUCUAGACUCUCAUUUCUAUAUGUUUUUCUUUAAAGGCUGCCACAAGAGUAAUGUAACACUGUAAUGUAUGUGUAAACGAUGAGUUACUACCAUAGUGAAAGUCACAUAUUUUGUUUUUCUGGUGUGUGUGAAAUUGUGUUGUGCGUAGUAGUUUGCAUUUAUUACUGUGAUGUGACAUUUAUUCAUGUGAUGUAACAUGAUGUGAUGUAUAAAUGUAACCCUUAUAUGAUGUAAAACACAUUAAAUUCAGUAUUUUGAAAGUUUAUAACUAACGUAUCAAAAUCUCUUUACGUGUAAUUGUGUACAACAAAGCUAGGAGUGCUUUCUAAAAGCACUUUAUAGUAAAAUGUCCAAAAAGUGCAUAAACUAACAAAAAGGGAAGAUAAGUAUUUUUGGUUGAACUUUGUAAAAAAAUUUGUUUUCAAGAUAUCUUAAAUCAAAAUUCAAUCCAAAUUCACAGAUUUGUUUUUAUUUUAUAAAAUACGUUGUUUGGAGGAGAAGGUCCUGCUGUUCCUUCUCUGUAUCCCAGGAUGUAAAACUCAAGACAGACAUGCGUUCAGGUCCCCUUGAUGCCUUUGGACAAAGAUUUAAUUGAACUGUUCCACCACCAUCUUCCUCCUCAGAGAUUAACUACUCUGUCAAUCUAAAAAAAUUCUCUAAACUAGGAGCAUGUCUGAAUUUUGCUUAUGGAAUGUGAUGUGCUUUGUUGAAUUUGAAAGAAAGCCCCUGUAUAUGGAUGCUUUGGGCUGGCAGAGAGAAGGAAGAAUCCCACAUUCCAGUGUUGUCCAGUGUCUAUUACAGUUUUCAUAGGCUAUUUUUUACUAGCACUUUGUUCAGACCAAAACUGUUUGCCAGAAAUUCUGUAAAACUGAAACACAAAGUGGUUCUCUCUUUUCUGAGAUUUGUGCUUUUGUUUUAUUUAAAUGAUGUACAAAGAGAAUUCAAGUGAGAUGCUCAUGACUGACUGGUGU